CGCUUGAUGGCGCAGAGGACAAGGGGAGGUGCUAAAGCGGCCAGAAGGCACGGAAGAGCUCCGGAGGCAGCUUCGGUGAGCAAGCCACGGUGUCUGGCUGACUAGCUGCCCGAGGAAACCCCCUCCCUUCCGUUUUGGUCCCGUCUUGGUGACUGCGUCAAGUGGGCGACAAAGCUCUUCAUUUGUGAGUCUGCGUCAGCUCAGAGCUUGCUGUUGAAUAGGAGACGGCUGCGACAUGGCGGAGCUGGGAUCUACUGCGUUUCCAGAGAAACUGAGCCAUAAGAAGUACAGGGCUCUCCUGAAGAAAGAGAAACGGAAGAAACGGCGGCAGGAGCUCGCUCGAUUGAGAGAUGCAGAAUUGCCACAGAAAGAGGAGGAGGAAGAUACUGUUACUGAAGAAAAACAAUUAGAGGAAGAAAGGCAGAGGGAGGAAGAGAGGCAAAGAUUACAUGAAGAAUGGCUACUGAGAGAAGAGAAGGCACAAGAAGAAUUCAGGGCAAAGAAGAAAAAAGAAGAGGCAGCUCGAAAGCGGAAAGAAGAACAAGAGAGAAAAUUAAAGGCAGAAUGGGAAGAACAGCAGAGAAGAGAGCAAGAGGAAGAGGAGCAGAAACAACAGGAGAAGAGAGAAAGAGAGGAAGCCGUGCAGAAGAUGCUGGAUCAGGCUGAAAAUGAGUUGGAAACUGUUGGCACCUGGCAGAACCCAGAACCGCCCACGGAUAUAAGAGUACUGGAGAAAGAUCGAGCCAAUUGUCCAUUCUACAGUAAAACAGGAGCUUGCAGAUUUGGAGAUAGGUGUUCACGUAAACACAACUUCCCCACAUCCAGUCCCACCUUGCUGAUUAAGAGCAUGUUUACAACAUUUGGAAUGGAGCAGUGCAGGAGGGAUGACUAUGACCCUGACUCAAGCCUGGAGUACAGUGAAGAGGAGACCUACCAGCAGUUCCUAGACUUCUAUCAUGAUGUCCUACCCGAGUUCAAGAACGUGGGGAAAGUGAUUCAGUUUAAGGUCAGCUGUAACUUGGAACCUCAUCUGAGGGGCAAUGUUUAUGUUCAGUACCAGUCGGAAGAAGACUGUCAAGCAGCUUUUUCUCUUUUUAAUGGACGAUGGUAUGCAGGACGACAGCUUCAAUGUGAAUUCUGCCCAGUGACCCGGUGGAAAAUGGCAAUUUGUGGCUUAUUUGAAGUACAGCAGUGUCCAAGAGGAAAACACUGCAACUUUCUUCACGUGUUCAGAAACCCCAACAAUGAAUUUAGGGAAGCUAAUAGAGACAUUUACCUGUCUCCAGAUUGGACUAGCUCCUCCUUUGGUAAGAAUUUAGAGAGGAGAGAAAGGACCAGCCACUAUGAUGACUAUUAUGGCAGGUCAAGAAGAAGAAGGAGUCUGACUCCUGACUACAAGAGAAAUGGUGACUCUGACCGUAAGAGCAGUAGUAAUCACAGGGGGAAGAAGUCUCACAAACACAUGAGGAAGUGUCGUGAGAGGCGCAGUUCACCUAGUAGAGGAAGAAGAAGGGAUCACAGCCCAGGUCCCUGGAGCCAGAGCCGGAGGAGCCGCCGUAGCCGUAGCCGUAGCCGCAGCCGCAGCCGCAGCCGCAGCCGGAGCCGGAGCCGGAGCCGCAGCCGCAGCCGCAGCCGCAGCCCUAGUCAGAGCCGGAGCUCAUCAAGGUCCAGGAGUCGUGGCAGGAGGAAGUCAGGUAGUACAGACAAAACCACCCAAAGCCCCAAAUCUAAAUAAACUUGGUUGUUUUUAAACAUGUCUGUUCUUUUUAUGGCAGCUAUUUAUCUGUAUAGUUUGACAAGGCUAGCCAACACUGUCAUGUAAAUCAUACUUUUACUUUUUGAUAAAUUGUGUUUGUGUGUGUGUGUAUAUAUACAAAUAUAUAUAAAAUAUGUAAUAUUAUAUAUUAUAUACAAUAUAUGAAAUUAUAUAUUAUAUAUAUAUGAAAUUCCUUGUAAUCCUAACCUUGAGAGCAUCCGUUAACACCAGAGCAAUGCUUUAGUAUUUUUUUCGUUUAUCUUCUUCUCCCUUUCUCUCUCUGUUUGUGUAAGCGUACCAUGUACCACAUAACAAGUGUGGUGGUCAGAGGACAACUUUCAGGGGUCACUUACACAGUGGAAUUCAGGGAUUAAACUGAUGUCAUGAAGCUUUUACACCAGGGACCUUUACUCAUUAGAGACCAUGGAGGCCAGAAGAGGAUGUAGACUGGAGUUAUAGAUGGUUGUGAGCUGUAAUGUGGGUGGUAGGAAUUGAAGCCACGUUCUCUAGAAGAUUAAGUAGCCAGUACUUUUAACUGCUAAGCCAUUUCUCCAGCCUAACAGACUUUAUUUUUUUAACUCAAACAUCACGUGUGGCUUUAAUGUUUUUCAUUUAGUUGUCUUAUUUCAUCAAUCCCAAUUCUUUCUAAGUCCUAUAAUUCUCAUCUUUACUCAUUACAAAGAGAGUACAUAUACCAAUUUAUUUGACAACAUCCGUAUUUUUAGAUUUUUAAAGAUGACUCUCUUAGAUUUCCUUAAUGAUUUCUUAGAGUAAACUUUAUCAAAAAAGGCAAUCCAAAAAUCCUCCUAGGAAGACUAAAAAAAGAAAAAAAAAAUCACUCUAACCUCACAGCUCUCACAGCACAGCAUUAUUUUGAUCUUUGCUAGUUUGGCAGGUUUUAGGUAUUUAAGUGCUUAUUUUUAUUGUUAAUAUUUCUUUCUACUUAAUGGCCACAUUCUUAUUUUUCCUUGUAAAACAGUCUAUUUAAUUUUUUCUGUAUGUAAAUACAAAUUGAUUUUUCUUGCUCUAAAACUUAUUUCCUGUUUCAAAGUGUGGAAGAAACUAUUUCCCUAGUCCUCUUUCCCCAUAUUUACAGUUCCUCCAUCACCUGGAGGCUGUCAGGGUGUGUAUCUUGAAUAGUGUGUUGUGAAAGUUCUUUAUAGAGGUAAAGCAUUUUGCCAUUUCCCGGAGAGUUAGAGUUGUCACUAUUGAAUCCAUCCACUAUUAAUCAUCACAAACGAGUGGACAGCCAAGGUGCAUUACCCCUCGCUUUUCCAAGGGGCUUUGUUCUUGUACAUAGUCUUCCACUGUCAUGCUUGGGACCUCAAAAUUCAGUGUCACGUAGCACUAGCAAUCUAACACUUGAGAAGUCAUUAAAGAUGCAUUCAAGCCGUGUGCCGUAGCUUAUGACAGUAAUCCCUGCGCUUGGGAGGCUGAUGGCAGUGAGGGAGACCCUGCCUGGUUUACAAAUAAAUAAAUAACAGGCACCAAGGAUUGAAAAGGUUUAACAAAAUGCCACUUGUUUCAAUUCUAAAUGGGUGCUCAUAUUUAAAAUGAGAACAUCUAGAUUUCUUUGGUUUCUUAAGAAAUGGAUGGUUUUCAGUAAAUUUGGUAUUGGAAAAAUACUAUUCAAACUGCAGCCAAGAUUAUAGAAAGAUAUGUGUGAUGCUGGGGCUUCAAACAUGGUAGGCAGGGGUGCUACUACUGAGCCUCAUCCCUAGUCUUAAAGCUGAAUAUUCUUAGAUCAUGAUGGCAAAGGAAAGAAAAUCCAUCUUCUUGAGCUCAAGACACUUGAACAAGUGAAGACUUUCCCCUCAAAUGUUGGUGGGCCAAUACAGAGUGCAAGGGAAGUCUAGAAAACCUGAUUGCAUCACUAUCCUGAUAGUGACUUUGAACUAUUUUAUUUACUACUGUGUGUGUGUCUAUGAUAAACCUCAUUACUACUUAUGCCUCAAACUCUGCAUUACUGACAGAAGCACACAAGCUUUGUUAGUGAACAGCUGCAUUCACAAUGGCCCUUUAAACCUACAGGUGUGUCUUUCAAUCUAACUUGAUGAGAAUCCUUUCCUUAUUCUUAAGUAUCUCAGGCUUAGAAUGAAACAACUCCUAUUUGCAGCAGCAGAAGGUCCCAUAACCAUACUAGUACUGUAACUGUAAGGUUUGAUUUGUUGCUUACAUUAAGCAGCACCGUCAGCAAAUAUCUGUUUCUGUUGCAUGUGCUAGCACUUCGUCAUAUGUAUGAGGUGAGGAUUUGUCAUUUGGAUAUCAUUUGAUUAUCUGGAAUAAUCUGAGUUGCUAAAUCAGAAAGUGUAUAAAAGUCAACUGCAUCAAUGUUUUAAAACAGCAUUUAUUAAUUAAAAUAAAUGUGUUCUAAGUUCUUGAUAGCAUAGACUCCAUGUGAUUUUUUUAAUGAGCUUGAAGGAUAUGAACAUUCCUUGAUUCUUCUGACGUUGUUGUGUGUGCUUACAAGCACCAUCACAUUCCAGUGCAGGGGUCAGGUGUGGAUGGAGAAGGAACUGUCAACAUUGUAUUG